AUGCCGCUGAGAGGGCAGAGGGAAGCUGGCAGGGUAGUUGGCUUUGAUGUGAAGGGCAGGAGGUGGUGGUGUGUGAGGGACAGUGAGAUGGGCCUAAGGGUGUGGAAGGAAGACCGCAACGGGGAAGUGGAGUUGGCAGUUUGGGAGGGAGCUCUACUGCCGGCUAUAGCUGGGUCCUUGGAGGAUGAGAUUCUGAGAAUUAAAUCAGAGCUGAAUAGAAAGGUUACUGAUAUAAAGCUGAAUCGGCAUCGGGAGGGUGGAGGUGCUAAGAAGAGGAAAAGGGAUGAUGAUGGACAAGUGAAGAAGUUGCAGAAGAUUGCUUCGGGGCCUCUGACGGGCACAUCAGGGCCGAUACGCUGUUUGAAUUGUCACCAGUUGGUUCUGGCGCGGAAUUUGAAGGACUUGGCUGAGCACGUCGAUCAGGAGGUUAAAGCGGCUGAGAGGAGGGGGAGGAGAUUGGCGAUGAAGGAGAAGCAGGAAGCAAUGGCGGCCGCGAGAUAUGCAGAGGCAUUGGCUCAAGCGCCGGGGAGGAGGGAGAGGAAGAGGGUUGAUUAUACAUCGAAGGCCUUUGACCAGCAGAUCAACCGAGCGCUGAAACGUAGUGAACAUCCUGAGGAGGUAGAAGAUGAUGAUGAAGAGGAUCACGUGUCGGGUGGAAGGUCAAGGAGUGCGAGGAGGGAGUCGCAGAAUCUUAGCCGUGUAGAAGGCGAUGGUGACUAUCUUGAAUCGGGGGAUGAGGAUAUCAGAGCUUCUGAUGUCGAUGAUGAGGAGGAAGAAGAGGAGGAGGAGGUUGAUAAUGAUGGGGGUAUAGCUGCUGAUGUGAAGAGAGAACACCAGCAGAGGGAAGUAGUCGUGAAGCAGGGCAAGUCUAUUGGUACGGAAAUUGACGAGUUUGAAGAGUUCGAGCCGUUUUAUGAACGCGAACCGACGCUUCCUCCCAUGCGAACUGGGAUGGAUAACGUGACGCAAGUUGACGAGAAAUAUGUAUAUGACUUCGACGGCCAGGAGGUCCAGAGAGAGAUAAUUGAUGUUAUAGUUAAUAAGACGAUGCAACAGGCAUUGGAGGAAGUGCGGGAAGAAGAGGAACAAGUGGCCAUUGCAGACUUCCAGCAGAGGUGGCAUGAGAGGCAGAAAGCUGAGCGGGAGAAAUACGAACGGCUCGAGGCGAUCGAAGUGGAACGAAAUGAACGAACUCAGGAGCUCAUCAGAGAGGCUGAUGCGAAGGUCAGAGCAAGGCAGCUGCUCGAGAGGAAAAUCGAAAUUGGACGGUUUGCCAACAAAUUUUCCGAAAGGGUUAUUGCCGAGACCUUAGCCGAACUCAACGCGAUCGGUAGAUUUGAUAAUCUGCUACUCAACGCAGCUGAGCAGACGCCCGAGGCGGCCCUAUUGCGGGUGUUUAUGCUUGACCCCCAACACGUGGAAGGGGAGAAGAUACCAGUCGGGCCUAUUGGUAUCGACUCCUCUACACGGCUAGUGGAUGUCCUAUAUAGGAUACAGCGUUGGAUAGCAGAGCAUGAGCCUGGGGUCUUGGCAGAGGCGACUGCGUUGUUGAGUCCAUUGCAGCUCGCUACUACACCCCUUCUGGAAUUGUAUAUAACUACUACAGGAGAACUUGUCAAGUCUACUGAGGAGCUGUUCGAGAGUUCUUUCAUGGGGAAGAUUGCUGUGCGGAAAAAGAUACGACGGCAGAGUUUGAACAGAGACCAGGAGGAAAGCGAGUGA